AUAAAAUGUGACAGAAAAGUUCGUGAAAACCGGUCGUGUUUGAAUUCGUUUGUGGCGUUUAGGUCCUGCCAAUCGUCGGAGAAAUGAGAAAAAUGACCAGCAAUUUUUGCAAUUGGUUUCUCCACACUUUCAUCAUCAUAUGAGAAAUUCUGUUCCAGUCGAAGUAAUUUCGUGAAUUGGAACAUAAAAGGGUUUUAAGUUCUUUCUUAGAAAGAGCAUUGAGAAGUUUCAAGAAUAGUUCACAAUAAGAUGCCCUUGGGCACUUUCCAGCCAACUAGAUGUGCUUUUGCGCUGCUUUUUCUACAAACAGCAACUUUCACAUUGUUACCUAACUGUCCACCUGAGUGUAUAUGUCUUUCGCAAACACAGGUAUUAUGCAACUCGGGUGGUCUACAAGAAAUUCCGAAGAAAUUGCUUCCUCCGUCGGUAGAACAUCUCUCCUUAACCCGCAACAACUUUCCCCUAAUCAAAAGCGACUCUUUCUCGGGGCUCCGCUUCUUAAGGAAACUCUCCUUAGACGGCAACAAUAUUUCUAUCAUAAAACCGUUCGCCUUCCGAGGGUUGCCGCGUUUGAAGGAGUUAUCCAUUCAAGAGACGCCGUUGGCUACUGUCGCUCAAUUCGCGUUCGCCGGGCUACAAAAUAUCAGCGCCAUUUAUCUCAGCCACAACAAGAUAAAAAAGGUCGAAUCUUAUGCGUUCGCGGGCACUUCCAAUUUAAGGCUGUUAGUUUUAACGAAUAAUCCUCUGUAUAAAAUUGAACGACAUGCGUUCAGCGGCUUGAACAACGUGGAAAGAAUUAAUUUACCGUCUGGUAUACGAGAGAUAGAGCCUGAUGCUUUCGAUGGUUUAGACACCGUGGGCUAUAUAAAAUUGGCUUUCAUGGAUUUACCAGCUCUUUCUACUGGUAUAUUUAGAGGUCUCACCAACGUAGGAUUGUUGUCAAUUCAAGAAUCAGAUUUAGGUACUAUCGAUGGAUCCGCGUUUAAUGGUAUGACAUUUAUAAAAACCUUCACUAUCCUAAACAACAAAAUAGACGCCAUCGAGUAUUUCAAUAUAACUGAAGAACAAAAAAUUGGACAUUUGAAGUUUCAAGGAAAUCACAUCCUAGAAAUACCUAAAGCUGAUUCGUUGUUGAUAGAAGUUGAGAAACUCACUGUGAUAUCCAAUCAUUUCCCUUGUAACUGCCAUAUUCAUUCACUCUUAGAAGGACCAUUGACCAAUGGAAGCAUACCGGAUUUCAUCUCGAAGAAUUUUUGUAUAUCACCUUUAGAAGUUAACGGGUUGCCUAUGAACAGUUUAGAUGUAGAUUCUAUUGGAAGAUGCGAAGAAGAAGUUACCAAGGGUAAUCUAGAAGCCUCCAAAGAUUCAACCAAUAAUUCGUAUGAAUUUAAAUUGAGACUCUCUGAUAGUGUUAGUUCCAUUUUGAUUUUAACUAUGAUAUUUAGGUGAAAUAUGCCAAAAUGUUAGUUAGCUUUCAAAUAAUAUAUAUUUAUAGUUAUCUGGAGAUUUAUCAGGAAUAUAUUAUAAUGAAUGAAUAUAAUGGCUGAAUGAAAGUCCAUUGUGAUUUCUUUUAAGAGUUUAAACGGCAACUAAAAUCCGUCCAAAGAUGAAUCGGAUGCCGUUAUGGAGUCAUCAGCCUUCUUAUUGUUGUCAACAAAGUAUAAACUACGUGAAAAGUGACAUGUUUUUAUUUAAUAAUAAAUCCUUUCUACUCCUGCAGACUCUUGAUAAAAAGAAAAAAUGAUUACAACUCUAUUUUAAGAGUUUAAAAGAACUUUAUUCAGUUCAGAGACUGGAGCUAACUAAUUUCAAACAAAGAUUGGAUUUUAUUUCUCUAAUUGCUGAUGAUCUUUCGGUUUUAAAUCAAAUAUUAUGAAGUGAUGAAAGCACAAUGUGUAGUGAAUAACAUAUAAUGCCCAUUAUUAGUCGGGAAUCCACACUGAGGUCUUUUAGCUCAUAUCCAAUCGUUUGGGUAUAAAUGUUUGGUGUGGGUUAUUUAAUGGUCAAUAGAAAUAUAUUUUAAUGCCAUUCAAAGUCAUUUUAUACAUAUUUUUCAAUAUACCAUCCAUUUAUGGCAUAUUCUAUCACACUCCACAUUGUUGAUUAACAACCCUCACCACUGAAUUAUUUCCAAUUAAUCCAUGACUUUGUUUGUCAUUAUAUAGUUCAUUGUUAUAUCUCAAAAUUCUAUAUAUAAAAUCAAUAGAUGAAUAUUGAUGAAGAAUUUUAUUUGAUUCCACCAAAAGUAUCAGAAACUUCAUGCAAAAUCGUAAAUCUAAAAUAGAUUGGUAUACGAAAACGUAUAUAUUGAGUUGUUCCAAAAGUAAAGUUUUUAAUAAGUUACACCCUCGAGGAAAAGUGUUAGACUAAAUCCGAAGACAGUGGAAGCCAUUAGAGGUGGAAUUGUUGAUCGCUGCCUCCGCCAAGUGCGAGGAUCCGGCAGUAAUUCGGAUUCUCUACACCUCCUGUGAAAAUUCAUCGGCAACUGAGGUUCAUGGGGAAAAGUGCAAGUCCGUUCAGUACGCAGUGCUUCUCUGAAGGCCGCACGGAAGUUCAGAAUUUAAAACGGAGUGGAACACCGCCGGUUCUGGAUGAGAUUGUCCAGAAAAUCAAAUAUCUCAGAGUCACUGCUCUACAACUUGUUGAAUGCUUUCCUGGAGCAUGGCAUAAUUGAAAGAACUUCAUCAGAAACUUUGAAUUAUUCGCAAAGUGUGUGCUCGUUGGGUUCCCCGGACGCUGACUGAUUGACACAAGAAGCAACACCUUCACUGUGCUCACAAGUUUCUUUCAACAAUAUGUAAUAGUUACAGAUUGUUAAUCAUUCAGCACGAGCCGCUCCUGGCCAUCAUAUAGUGAUGUAGAAUUUUUAUUUCGGUAAACACAUUACAUGGACAUAGAUAAUCAUCAAUUAAAAAUUCAUAAUGAUCGAUCGAAUAUACAAUUUAGAAAAUAUACUUAAAUAUGUGUUCUGAUUUCGAAACUUUAAAGGGCUAUAACUCAGAAACUAGGGAUCCUAAGAGAAAUGUUUUAUGUCACAGCAUUAUUUUCACGUAAUCCACUCACUCCUGAAUUUUUUGCAUCAAGUCACUGGUAGGGUUCCCAGGUCGCCGUAGAAUACAAGUGGAUAAGAAGUAGUUUAUGCUCUAGCACAUGCAAAAACUAACAAGAUGUUUCUUAAAUAAAUAGAAAACACAAAUUUCCUAAGAAAAUUCACUCAUAUAAAAAGUACAGAGAAAACUGUAUCACAAAAAACUUACAAGAUAGCAUGAAGAAUAAUAUGAAUAAAAUUUACUUGACGG